UUUUUUUUUCAAAGAUAGCUUGAAGACUUUGAAUGAAAACAAAUACAUGUUUAUUAUGGGGAGUGAAAAUCAGGAAGCCAUUUGUUUUGCACACUGUGUUAUAUAAUAGAAGACUACAGUUUUUUUAUUAUGUCUCAGCAUACAAAUUUGAUUUCUAAACUUAAUGCACCAGAGCAAAUACAUGUUACCAUGUUACAUUUGUAUCAAAUUAUUUUUUAAGAAGAGAAAUCCACAGGUUAACAGUGAGAAAUUGGGAGGGGCAAAAAAUGAAGACACUUUUCUCUUUCCCACCAAGACUCAGAAUCAUAACUCAAACCACUCUGUGAAAUAAAUCUUUUGUACUUUUUUGUAUGAAUAGCUGGAAAUGCAACAGUUUGAAGUGUAAAAGCAUCCUAGCACUCAGCUAAACUUUGCCUCUUCAAGAUACAUUAUUUUUACUUAAUUUUUUUACUUAAUUGUUUUAGUAAUACCACAACACAGCUGCAGAUGUACUGUAGCCAGCUAUACUUUUGUGUAUUACCCAAGGAUGCAGUCCAGGUUUAGAAUACCAAAUUGUGACAGUAGUCUGGGACCUGGCAAGUUGCUGAAAUGGACAGUAAAUUGUGAUUUCUUAACUUGUAGGUGAAAGAGUGUGUUUCAGAAAAUCUUGUGCAUGCUGUUGUCUUAAUACUGUGAAGAAAACAAAUCCGUGUCUUUAGUGAAUGCCUGCCACCAGGUUAAUAACAUACAUCUUGAGAGGCAGUUAUUCUUACAUUUGUUCACAGGCUUCCUGUGCCCCCUUUUUUGCUUGUCUGCAGCCUUUAAAUAUUUUCCUUGGAAUUUAACAAAUCUAGAAUGUUAGCAAGAGUGAGUACGUCUUUCAUCAUCCCAUGUAUCACAGCAGUAUUAUUUUGUCAUAUUGUUUUCUCAUUUAUGGUAUUCAGUGAUUCCUAAGUACCAUUAUAGUAAGAACAGACUUGAUGUUAGUGGGAGGAUAGAGUGUUAUAGGAAUUAUAUAAUAAGAUCAGAUUUACCAGGAAUGCAGUUUGAAAUGUCCUUCAGCCUUUCGGCUUUUCUUGUGACUGGACUGUUUGAAUUGUCCUUGAGCAAUUCUGCUUCUCUUGUGACUGGAACUUUUUAUACAAACUGAGUGGUUUGUUUUGUCACUCUUAAGUGAGUUUAUUCCUCCUGUGAUGUGUUAAAAUGCCAUCUGCAGUACAAGACUGACUUGAAAAAUUGUGGUCAGAAAGUUUCUAGAAGUUGCAAUUGCAUUUGUGUUGAAUAAUGAAGAAUGUGUGCAUAAAUCACAACUUCUCAUAUCUUAGGACAGUGCUGCAGAGCCAGCAGCCUUCUCAAAGCUGGAUCCUGUUUUUUGUCCAUGUACGCAUUUGGCAGUGUUUUUUUCACCUUGUCUCCUUCAGAAGGCUUGUCACUUGAAUAGCAGUGCUACAAUUAUGCUCAGCCUGUAAGUAGAGUGGAUCUUUUCGUUUUGAAAACCAUUCUCAAACAAAAAGCUUCAGUUAAUAUUUACAUGUGCCACUCCUAUUUUGAGAUGAUUGUACUAGAUUUUACAGUAUCUCACUAAACCUCAUUGUCACAGGUAGGUGAAAAGUGGAAGGGGGGGUGUGAUUCUGUCUUUUCAAAUCAUUAGGUUUACAUAACUGAAAAGAGUUCGUGCUUGCCACAAGCUUCCUCUGAGCAAAUGCCAAUUUCCUACUUCAGCUGCUAGCAGCAGAACCCAAAACAAAUCAGGUAUCUGGGACCACGAUCAUGGCAGUGAAGAUGAGCUCAUACCUGGAUAAUUCACAGGCAAGUCACUUGUACGCAGAGAGUUGCAACAAAACGCUUUGAACAAUUAAGUUUAAAGGAAAUUCCUGCAGCAAGCACUAUGUGUGUACGUAACGGGGAAGAAGUUUUUCAGUAAUAUUUUAUUUACUGCAUCUUGACUUUUCUGGUUACAAAAGCACUCGAGACGGAAGGACGGCAGGGAAGCGGGGCGGUGCCCGCACAGACGGCCCGACCCGCCCACCGUCAGGGCAGCGCCGUGGGCGGGGCCGCGGCGGCCAAUGAAUGGCGGCCGUGGGAGUUUUUAAUUGCGAGGCCGUCACGCCAAGCUUCAUCCAUCGGAUCCUACUGGAGCUCCGUCUCUUCUCCCGCGGUUCGUCUUUCCGAUCCUGCCGGGGCUCAGCCUGUCUCUCUGGUCCCGUUGAGCCCCGUCCGUCCGGUCCCUCUGCUCCGCCAUGGCCACAAGGGCCACCCGGGUGGACUCCAAACAAUAUGUUCUUGCCAAGUACCUGAUGGAGUUGUGCAUUGUUGACUACGAUAUGGAUCACUUCCCUCCAUCCAGGAUUGCAGCAGCUGUUUUCUGUUUGCCUCUGAAACUCCUCAAUGGAUGCGAGUUGUUACCGUUUCUGCAACGCUACAUGUUUUACACUGAGGGUGACCUUCUACCAAUUAUGCAGCAUAUGGCAAAGAAUGUAGUCCUUGUAAAUAAGGAUGUUGCCACCAGAAGGCAAUCAUGAAGAAAUAUGCCACUUGAUACUAUCUUGAUAUAGUAUCAAUAUCAAGAUAAACACCUUGGAACAAUUGUGCUCUUCUAUUAUACAGAAUCUAGCUGAGCCUCUAGUCAAAAAGUUGGAACUCCAUGUGAACUCAAGCAGAAUGCUCCUGACUGUAUAUAUAAAGUAUCUUACCUGUGUUAAACUUAUUAAAGAUGUGCUACUAUUUGUGAGGUUUUAUGGGGGCGGGGGGGGAGGAGAGAGGGAGGAGGAGGGCAGCGCAGUUGGGGCACCUCCCUGGAGGCUGUGACCAGUGCUGUGAGAGCUUGAGUGAGCUCUUGGGCCAGCCCAGGUGGUGUGGCUGGUCCUCCCUGGAGGUGUAUAGAUGGGAGCAUUGGUACAGGCUCUGCUAAUGUGUGGCAGAGCGUCUGCCAGAUUAGACUCAGAGAGCAGCAUAGAGUUGUGUAAGGUGGAUGGUCUGUUCAGCCUGGUGGCAGAGCUGAGAGAGGAAGGAGAAAGGCUGGGAAGUAUUGGGGACUCUGAGGAGGAGGUCAACUAGUGAAGCUGUACUCUACCUUCCCUAAGACAAACACACCUGCUUUCCAAGGUUGUUGGAUCUUGGAACAGGCUGGCCAGAGAUGUGGUAGAGUCACCAUCUCUUGUACUGUUCAAAAGAAAGUGUGAAUAUGGUCAUGGUUUAAUGGUGAACAUGAUGGCUGUGCCGGGUUGAUGGCUGCACUUGAUCUUAAAGGUCUCUUUUAACCCUGAAGUCUAUGGUUUUAAAGAGUGCAGGUCUAUUCACUCGGUAUAUAUUUAUGGUAGUAUACUUGUGAGUUGUGUUAGUGGCUUACACCUGCUGGCUCUACCUCUAGGAGAACAGUAGGUCAGACAAAAGGAUUACUGCGCUUUGCCUGCUGCUCUCAGCUUUACUUUUUUUGCCUUCUCUGCAC